CUAGACCAACUGACCGUCACAAUAAGCAUCGUUACAUCGGCACGUCAUGCUGAGCUUUUAAAUAACUACACGAUGAAGGACGCCACCGAUAAAACUGAUGUCAUCACUCAAGUUGCAAGUGAUGUUGUAACAGCAUUUGUAUUUAUUGGUGACGAGAAAGUGUCUGUUCCCUUUAGUUUCAACCUUACACAUUCUAAAGUACUAUCCCAGCCUCCAUUGCCGAAAUGUGGCUUCUUCGACACACAAUCAAGAAACUGGAAUUUCAGCGGCUGCCGGGAGAUCCCAACAGACAACGCGAAUAUGACGUCAUGUUACUGUGAUCACAUGACUAGCUUUGCCAUUCUCGUGCAGUUGCGACCGAAUGAUCGGGAUGUAAAUGAGAUCGAUAUAUUCAUCGGUGCUAUUCUGACCCGGUGUGGUAUUGGACUUUCAGUGACGUCACUCAUCAUUAGUCUGAUUUUCUUCUUUAUUCUCAGACGAUCCUUGGCAGCUGACCGUGUAAUAAUUCACACCAACCUGAUGAUUGCCAUUCUGUUCUUUGACAUCACCUUCCUUUUCAACACCAAUCCAAUUGAAAUCGAGGCUGCAUGCAAAUCAUAUGCCUUCAUUUUGCACUACUUCUCUCUGGCAAUGAUGUUUUGGAUGCUCGUAGAGGGCGUACAUCUAUAUCGUCAAAUCAUCAGAGUGUUUGAUUCUGACAAUCUACGAACAUGGGUCUACGGUAUCAUAGGAUGGGGUUUGCCAGCCCUGAUAAUCACUAUUACUGGAGGUGUGAGGCAUCAGAGCUAUGGAUAUGAUCAAUAUUGCUGGCUGAACCCAAACGAUGGAACUAUUUGGGCAUUUAGCGGACCUCUUAGCUUAAUUACAUUCGUCAACGUCAUUAUUCUUGCACUUGUUGUAAAGGCAGUGGUAGCGGCAUCUCGAGGACAACUUGAAAAUGAUAAAAUCAAGCAAAUCAGAAAUGGGCUUCGCAGCACCAUAUUGCUUUUCCCUCUGCUCGGUACAACUUGGCUCUUAGGACCUGUAUUGACAUUAUUCCCUAUCAGAUCACUCGCCUACAUCUUUAACGUGCUUAACCCUCUCCAGGGUUUCUUCGUAUCACUGUUUUACUGCUUUCUGAAUACCGAGGUCCGAAACGUCAUUAAAGAACAUUUUCGUAAAGCUCGUGACAGCCGGAAUUUGGACACCAAUUCUGGUACAGCUUCAACAUCAGAGGGCAAAACAGCAAAGUCUAACAUGAGACUGGUUCGAGUCGCUCCCGCUCCUGUUAGCCAGACGCCAAACAUUCCCGAGGUUUGUAAUUAAUCAACACGGGCAGAAAAACUUGACUACAACCGUACCCUAGACAUAGUCACCAAGCAUCGCUUCAUCGAAAGUUGAGGUUUCGAGUCCUUCAUGUCCUAGAAGUAGGCCUAAUAUCAUCGAGAAAGACAUCACUCUAGAUUCGGCACUCACUCCGAGAUCCGGAUGCAACGAGAGACAAAUUCUGAAAAUUUUAAAUUCAAUUUAAAUGUAUAAAUUUAUAAAUCGUAGAAGUUUAUUCAUUUUAAUACACAUGGAAGCAGAUCAUAAGAAGCUAUCUGAACAUGCUGAAAGGAUAUUCCAAAUAUGAAUGAGCUAUAAUGAUAGAACAGUACAUUUGGAACAUUCACUCACUGAUAAAGAUGGCUGCUAGUGAAUGGAUUUACACUUUCGGGAAAAAGAGAGUAUAUAAGCCAUUAUAAGACAAUUGAUACUGGAAUAUAAGUAGGCAUGAUUGUUAAGACAAAAAAUAUACUUGAUUGAUUGAUUUAUUGAUCGAUUUAUUGCUUAAUUGUUUGAUUGAUAGUUUGAUAGAUUGAUUGAUUGAUAGA